CCUUGCACCGUCCCCCUUCACGAAUAUGAGCCCCCCAUCUGCACAGCAACUCCCUCGUAUUCAUCAAGUGGUUGCGACAUGUUUGGAAGGCAUACCCCGACUCGGAGACCCGGUCUUGCAGGGCAACAACGGGGAUCAAGACAACGUAAUGGGCUUCGUCCAGUCCAAGAAUCACCCCACGGAUGAGAACGUAACAAGGACGUCCCUACAUCUGUGAAGGGCAGUCAGCGACUCGGAGCUUGGUAGUUCCCCGAUUUCGUUCAUAAAUCUCCCUACUCUCAGCGAUGCUUGGGAGCUUUGAUGAUCGGUCCGUUAUUCCCGAUUUCCAUAGGACACCGCAACUACCACCUUUUGCUCUCAGGCCCGGGCCGAUGUGCUCUCCAGUAUAAAUGUGGUCCCUCAAUACCCUUCAUUGACAGUACAUCGUUUUUGUACUCCGCCACAUCUCACGCUUUGAUCGGCUAUGAGGGUCGUUGACCUCGUGAUCCUACAGUGACUAUAAAUGCAUCUGACAUUACAGAACAGCGACUACCAACCCUUCGCAGAAUCGCCUCGUAGCUACUCAAGCAAUGUUGCCGGUCACACGACGCUUCCCACCGGCCUUCUCUCGGCCUGCACGCAAACUCUCCGCACAUUUCUCCAGCAGCUCAUGCAGUCCCUCCGCCGACAGACGCCUAACAGGCCCGCUCCCUGCAUACGGCGCCGUCGGCGUUGCACGUAUCCUCGAGUCUCCCUCUACCCCUACGGAGUCGACGCUCUUCACGAAGGAGUUCUCGCUCACGGACCGCAUUGCACUCGUGACAGGAGCCAACCGUGGGAUUGGCCUGGAGACUGCGCUGACGCUCGCCGAAGCCGGGGCGCGGACCGUAUACUGUGUCGACUUCCAGAAAGAGCCCGGAGAAGACUGGACGAAGGUACACAGCUUCGUGGAGAGGUUGGGACGAGGGAAGCUCGAGUAUAUCAACCAGGAUGUUACCAAUCAGGAAGGCAUGUGGAAAGUCGGAGAACUCAUAGGUCGGCGGGAGGGUCGGUUGGACGUUUGCGUGGCCGGGGCAGGGACCACCACUGGGGGAGACGUAUCCGGACUUGAGCAUCCUAGCGAACAGUUCCAACGGGUUAUGAGUGUGAACACGAAUGGGGUCCUGUUCACGGCACAAGCGGCUGGUCAGCAAAUGAUGCAAUUCAAAAACGGCGGGAGCAUCAUCUUAAUCGCCAGCGUCCUUGGAAGUGUUUCAAUGGAGAUACGGGAGGAGCCGAACGUGCGCGACGCAGCGUACCAUUCCUCCAAGGGUGCCGUCCUAUCGAUGACUCGUACCCUCGCAUGCGAAUUGGGCCCACAUCGGAUUAGGGUGAACUCACUAAGUCCAGGAUUCAUUCAGACGAGCAUGACGUCCUUCUUGGAGAUUCCGGAGCUAGGGAAGCGGCUCUCGGAGCGCGCUCCACUGGGAAGAAUUGGAAGACCCGAUGAGUUACGCGGUGUGGUUGCAUGGCUUGCGAGCGAUGCGAGCUCUUUCUGCACCGGUAGCGACAUAAUCGUCAGUGGUGGCCUCCAUGCUUGGUGACGCAAGACCAGAGGGUAUAUUCGAUCGGUGCGAGCUUCACCAGAGUAACGAAAUUACGCCGUACAGGCCUGUAUUCUGCAAUCGCUUCCCCUUCGCGGUCGCGGGGAAGGCGUACCGCGUGCUGGAGUUCUUGGUCGUGAUGUGGAAUACACGUGGACUCUCUCGAACCUCAUGUGAGAGAUCGAUGAUAAAUAUGACGUCUCUGAAGCAACAAGAAGUUAGGAAGCGUCGCCGGUUGUAGCCAUUGGGUCUUCUGUCGAAGUACGAAUACGACUCCCGUGACAAGGAUCGUGAACUCGCCUCGGCGUUCUCACAUUCUUUUGUCCACGCAGUUUUAGAGCGUGCCGACUGGGGAAACAGCCUAUUCACGAGCGGCGGGCAUAUAUAGUACAACUAUGGCUUCAUAAGAGCGCUGCCCCCUGCACACUUACGCUCUUCAACAUGAUUACCAAAUUCAGGGGUGUCCGCUCCAUCACUUCGCAGCUAGGGGCGCGACGCUGCUCACGCCUUCCGUUCUCCACCAUUGCAUCUACCCAUACAGCGCUUGGACAGCUAACCGGCCCACUUCCGCCCUACGGACGAGUGGGCGUUGCUCGAGCAUUGGAAGUAUCCCCAACAGCGGAGCCGACGCCGACCAUCUUCGCUAAUGAGUUCUCUCUCGCGGACCAUGUCGCGCUCGUCUCGGGUGCCAAUCGAGGAAUAGGGCUCGAGAUGGCCCUCGCGCUCGUCGAAGCAGGAGCGCGGUCCGUGUAUUGUCUAGAUUUGCCCCAGACGCCUGGAGAGGAGUGGAUGAAGGUUAACGAGUUUGCGAAGAAGCUGAAAGGGACGGGUGGCGAGGGCAGGCUGGAGUACAUCAGCGGCGAUGUAACCGAUCAGGAGGCUAUGUGGAAUGUCGGAAAGACAAUCGGUGACCGGGAAGGACGGAUGGAUAUAUGCAUCGCUGCUGCUGGUAUACUUAAGGGCGAGACACCGUGCUUGGCGUACCCUGAAAAGCAGUUCAAGCAGAUUCUCGACGUGAACGUGAACGGCGUGCUCUUCACUGCUCAAGCAGCCGGUCAGCAAAUGCAACGGUUUGGGAAAGGAGGGAGUAUCAUCAUGAUUGCUAGUAUUUCUGGGCAUGUUGCAAAUAAGGGUCAUGCAUGGGUAUCGUACAGCACGUCCAAAUCAGCCGUCCUUCAGAUGGCACGCAGUAUGGCAUGCGAACUUGGCCCUCAAAGGAUCCGGGUGAAUACUAUUAGCCCAGCAUAUAUCAAUACCAGCAUGACGGGCCAGUUCCUGGCGACGCGCCCGGAGCUGGAGGCGGUGUGGGCUGAACAACACCCACUAGGGCGGAUUGGACGUCCCGACGAGCUACGAGGCGCGGCCGUGUGGCUCGCAAGUGACGCAAGUUCGUUCUGCACGGGAAGCGACUUCAUAGUGAGUGGGGGUUAUCAGGCAUGGUGA